CAGCUGAAUAUUGGUCUCUGAAAUGCAGUAGAAGUGUAAAGUAACAUAAAUCUGAGAUGUAUGUAGUAAUCUAUAGUUUAGUGAAGUCAGAGCUGAUGAGAACUUUGUCUUUGUGCAGAAUGUUUAGUGUUGAUGUUUCAUGUGGAUCUUCGGGCUCAGAGUUGAUCUCUUUAAUAUUUAUCAUGUCUGUGAGGUAACAUGAGGCUGAACUCUGCAGCUGAUUGAUUCCAGACUUUAGCUUUAGCAUUAGCUUCAGCCUCUCAUAUCGCUGCUGAGCUCCGUCCAGCGUGGAGCAGCCGACCGGAGCCACCGAGGUCUGCGGGACCAGAGACAGCGGGGAGCGGCCAACAGAGCAGGGCAGCACCGGAAGCAGAGAAGCAGUGAGAUGGAGGAGGAGAAGAAGAAGCCGAGGAGUCUCCUGCGGGAGGCGUCGCAUCAGAUCAUCGCGGGUGGAUCCGCGGGUUUGGUAGAGAUCUGCUUGAUGCAUCCCCUCGAUGUGGUGAAGACGAGAUUCCAGAUCCAGACGGGAACCAGUGACCCCAACAGCUACAAGAGCCUGAGCGAUUGCUUCCGAACCAUCUUCCGUAAUGAAGGCAUCUUUGGCUUCUACAAGGGAAUCCUGCCUCCAAUUGUGGCCGAGACACCAAAGAGAGCGGUCAAGUUUUUCACUUUUGAACAAUACAAGAAGUUGCUGAAUUUGACUCCUCUAUCUCCUGGUGUGGCGCUGUCUGCAGCAGGGCUUGGCGCAGGCUUGACUGAGGCUGUUGUCGUCAAUCCGUUCGAAGUGGUGAAAGUCAGUCUCCAGGCCAACAGGGAUUCGUUCAAAGAGCAACCCUCCUCAUUUGCUCAAGCCAGACGCAUCAUUAAGUCGGACGGCUUUGGACUGAAGGGUCUGAAUAAAGGAUUAACAUCAACACUUGGACGCCAUGGAGUUUUCAACAUGAUCUACUUUGGCUUCUACUUCAAUGUCAAGGAUGCUAUUCCCACCAGCCCGGACCCGACCCUUGAGUUCAUGAGGAAGUUUGCCAUCGGUCUUGUGUCUGGGACCAUCUCCUCCUGUGUGAACAUUCCCUUCGACGUAGCCAAGAGCCGCAUCCAAGGCCCGCAGCCUGUGCCAGGAGAGAUCAAGUAUCGCACCUGCUUCCAGACCAUGGCACUUGUGUCCCGGGAGGAGGGAUACUUGGCUCUGUACAAGGGGUUGGUGCCCAAGAUAAUGAGGCUUGGACCAGGUGGAGCAGUGAUGCUGCUGGUCUAUGAAUAUGUCUCGGGUUGGCUUCAGAGGAACUGGUAACAAAAACAAGGAAAGAACAAACCACCACAGUGCCUUAUGGAUUGUGCCUCAAUCCUAAUACGGUGACCUGACUCCAGUAACUUGAGACCAAAUUAGUUUUUUCUUUGUUCAAGUAUACAAUGCACAAUACUGUUAUUAAAAACACCAAAUCAACAUUCCAGUAAGUCCUAGAAAGGAGCUUUCGAAGGAGAACCCCACAUCUUCAUCCAAGUCAGUUUUAUCAGAAAUUAAAAACAGCUGCAAUAUUUCAAAACUGCCAGAAAAACACAUUUCAAUGUAAAACCUGUUCCAGUGUUUUUUAACACUCAGUCAAUUGGGUUUUGAGGCCCUGAAAACUUUGCUUCUAAUGAAGUUCAACAUUAAGCACAAUAUUUUUGACAGAUUAUGUUUUUCUCUAUUUCCUCUCACUGGUUUUUGAGUGUAGGUCACAUGCCUCUGUGAACCAAUCACAGUUAAGCAAUAUUUGAUUCGAAUCUGUUGCCAGUUCUGUCGGUCAAAUAAGAUCGAAGCGCAUGUCCAACUGUCCCCUUAAAUUCAAUCAAGCUCCCCCAGAUUGCAAACACUCAAACGAUCCAUUAGUCCAGGAAGUAUGUCAAUUUAUUUUUUGGGCCAUUUUCACUGAUUUCCAUAAGAAUAAUUAAUGAAUUCUCAUGAAAUAAAUCACAAUCACAAUGUGAAAGAAAGUUUUUAAAAAAAAUCCUGCAUUCACCCAUCUGUCCGGAUCUGCACCAAAAUUGAGAAAAAUUCCCUUUUGGUCCAUGUCCCAUCUUUCUACCAAGUGUCAAAAAAAUCCAUUCAGUAGUUUCUGCACAAACCUCUUCACAAACAAACACAGGGACAGUGGUGGAAACAUGAACCAAAGACUGAAUCUAGAGACAUCCCACUAUAGAGGACUUGAUAUCAUCAUUAUAUAUAUGCACAUGUUAUUCGACUAAACUGGAACUUCCGCUGAGCCUCAUAUACCGACUGGAGUCAUCUGCUCAUGAAGGAGCUGCUUUUGAAGUCAGCAACAGUUCACUCUGCACACAUGCAUACUUUCUAUACGUACACAUCCUCACAUACAUCCAACAUACAAGAUCGAACAUGUACACUGUGAUCACAACCUUUGUACUGAGCCUUACUGUGUAUUUCACACAAACCAAAUAUUCACAGUAGUGGCUUUAAUCAGAUAUUAUGGGUAUAGACAAUUGUAUACACUGAUGUUCAGGCCUGUUGCCGAGCUACUUUUAUUGCAUGACUGAUAUUUUUAUGUAUCAUCUAUAAAUUGGACAAAUAUAAUUUUUUUUUACUAUCUCGAUUUAGAAUAGAAUCUGUUCAAAGUUACUUGCAUGUAUUGGUAACAAAUAAAAAAACUAAAGGAAUAAAAAUGAAACUCCUCA